AUCCGUCCUCUGUACCAAAUAUCAACAACAGCUGAGCUGGCUGGCUCGCUCGGGAGAUUUUUGGUACUUACCCUCACUGUAUGGAGAUUUAUGGUGGACAGACUGACAAGUAAACUCAUGCUAUCACCAGAAGAAUUACACGAGCAGUGCUAGCACCCAGUUGCCAUGAAGGUCAUCUGGAGAUGAUUUCAGGACUUAGCAUCCCUACAGCUCGGUCCUCGACCAGACCUCCUUUAUGGUACACACCCCCAGGAAGCAGCCUGUAGCAGCUGUCUAACUCCCAGGUACCUGUUUACUGUUAGGUAACAGGGGCAUCAUGGUGAAAGAAACAUUUUGCCCAUUUAUCUCCACCUCCACCAGACAUCGAACCCAGAACCUCGGGACUACCAAUCCGAAGCACUGUCCACUCAGCUGUGAAGCUCAUGUAUCAGAAAUAAUUCAUACAUGGUAGUACCAGCAGUGUUAUAAAGCACAUCAUAGUGUCGGAAAUACUCCAUAUGCAGUGGCAACACUUUGUGUGUUGAGCACAUUUCAGAAUCCUGACUAUUACAAUCUCUUCCUCAACACCUUUUGGAUGAAUGUUUACUCCACUUUUUCAAGUAAUGUCCUGUGCAGCCUUAUCACCCAUUGUAAUAAACAUUAUUUCAUAUGAAAAGUGUACAUGUAUUUACAACAGCUCAUGCACUGUAGCACCAUUGUAACAAAUGAUAAAUGUGCAUGUAUAUACAUUAAAUUUGGUGUCUUCUUUAUUUCAAGAUUUCAUAUUUGUUAAUAUAUUGUGUAUGUGUUUUAUGUUUAUAUUAUUAUUUUGGGAGGAAACAUUUGGAGAUUAUGUAAAUUAAUUAUUUUUACAGUGUAAAUUUAAGUGGACAUUUUUAAAAUGUGCAUAUGUGCAUAUAUAUUUUUUGUAUUUAUUUACAAAAAGGUGUUGUGGAUUACGAAAAAAUACAUAUAUAGCACGUAGAUUUUUUUUGUAUAUGGUACAUUGUAUGUAUACUUUACAUAAAUACCACAAACACAUUUUCAAAAAAGACUAACCACUUAUGGCCGGUUGUGCUUGACUUGUGCUGCAACUAUAUUUAAUAUUUACUAUAUUUUUCUUUUGAAAGAAUUAAAAAUCCUUUCAAAAGAAUUAAAGAAUUAAAAAUUCUUUCAAAAGGUGGCAUGUGUAAAUUUUAGAUAAUCUUACCCUAAUAUUGGACUAGUGUGUUCACAAAGUUGUGCUCAUGUCCUGAAUUUGAGACUACAGCCACAUGUGGCAGAGUAUGUAGUUGUGUAGAUACAUUUACACUAUUUAUGAGCAUUAUUGUCUAGUAUUGUAUGUCUAACAUUCUCUAAUGUUACAAAUCACAAAAAUAUUUGUCUAAUAUUAGUCAGUGACUUAACUGGUUUAUAUAUUUUUAAACGUUUAUAUGCUCUUGUAUGUCUUAACAUAUCUAUCUCUCAAGAUAGUUAACAAGUAAUCCAUUUCCUAUAUAUUGAUGCCAAAGGAAAUGUGAUCUUUUCAAAUAGCUCUUUUGAGCUUCAUUGCCUCAAUUGACAACAGAGGUGUCAUAACUUGUCAUAACUUGCCAUAACUUCAUAACUUGCUGCUGCUCUAUGCUGGUCACCAAGUAAUAUUAGGUAUACAGUAUCACAUUCCAAGUGUUCAGCAGCUUUAACAAAAUUUGCCUUAUUAUUGUACAAAAACUUGUCAAAGUAGUCAGGCAUAACACAAAUAGAGGGUAUUAAGCCUUUGCUCAAAUAUUAAUAAAGCAAACAAAAACCUAUUUAGGACAGAAAUAAUUAUGACUAUAAGACUUUACUUAUAAAAUAAAUGUCAUUGAUAACAUGCUAAAAUAACUUUACAUAUUAAAACAAUUAAGUAAAUUAUGCAGAAAUUUAUUUGAAAGAAAUACCACAUCAGUGUUGAAGUUUAAAACCACAAUAUCUGAAAACUCAAGUAGCCUGUGAGAAUUUAUAGCAGAAUUAAUUUUAAUACCCUGGGAAUGUUUUAAUACACUUAAAAAAAGACAAAAUGUUAAAAAUGAGCACUCAUUUAGAAAACAAUCCAUAUCAGUGUUCAAUAUGUCUGAAAGACUUAAGACAAAAAUCACAUCUAAUAAGGCACUUGAGGAUUCAUACAGGAGAGAAACCAUUUCAAUGCUCAGUGUGUUUUAAAGAUUUUAUAUGUAAUUCAGAUUUAACAAAGCACAAGAGAGUUCAUACAGGAGAGAAACUAUAUCAAUGUUCAGUGUGUCUAAAAGACUUAUCAUGUAAAUCAGGACUAACAAAGCACAUGAGAGUUCAUACAGGAGAGAAACCAUAUCAGUGUUCAGAGUGUCAAAAAGAUUUUGCACAAAAGUCACAUCUAAUGGAGCACAUGAGGAUUCAUACAGGGGAGAAACCUUAUCAAUGUUCAGAGUGUCAAAAAGAGUUUUCUUGUAAAUCGGUUCUAACCAAGCACUUAAGGCUUCAUACAGGAAUAAGACCUUAUCAGUGUUCGGUGUGUCAAAAAGACUUUGCACAAAAAUCACAUUUAAUGGAGCACAUGAGGACUCAUACAGGGGAGAAACCAUAUCAAUGUUCAGAGUGUCAAAAACAUUUUUCUAGUAAAUCAGAUCGAACAAAGCAUAUGAGGAUUCAUACAGGAGAGAAACCCUAUCAGUGUUCUGUAUGUCAGAGAGAUUUUGCACGUAAAUCAUUUCUAACGAGACACAUGAAAGUUCAUACAGGAGAAAAGCCAUUUCACUGUUUAGAGUGUCUAAAAGACUUUGCAGAAAAAUCACAAAUAGUAGAGCACAUGAGGGUUCAUACAGAAGAUAAACCAUAUGAAUGUUCAGUGUGUCUAAAAGGUUUUUCACAUCGAUCAGUUUUAGCAAAGCACACAAGGACUCACACAGGAGAGAAACCCUAUCAAUGUUCAGAGUGUCUAAAAACUUUCACAUGUAAUUCAAAUGCAAUGAAGCAUAUGCGGAUUCAUACAGGACUGAAACCAUAUCAAUGUUCAGUGUGUCUUAAAGAUUUUGCAUAUAAAUCAAUUCUAACAAAGCACAUGAUGGCUCAUACAGGAGAGAGACCAUAUCACUGUUCAGAGUGUCCCAAAAAAUUUUCCCGUAAAUUGUAUUUAACAAGGCACAUGAGGAUUCAUACAGGAGAAAUUCCAGAUCAGUGUUAAGUGUGCAAAAAAAAAAAAAACCAGACAAAUCAAAUCUAAAACUGUAUCUAAUAAUGUACAUAAGAAAUCAUACAGUACAACCUCCAUUCAACGUACUAUAUGGGACCAACCCCAAUGCGUUGGAUGCAUUGCAAGAGGGGACCUUCAGGAGGCAUUUGCGUCGGUGUCUUUUUUUUUCUUAAACACAAUAAAAAUGCAUUAUCAUAUUA